AUGGAAAAGACGAGUCAGACUACAAAUUCCAAAGUAGCUCUUCAGGAGCUAAUGGUGAAAAAGAACAUGCGUUGGGCACCAGUGAAAGAACCGACCCGUCAAGAAUCCUCUACAGUGCCUGGCAAAUCAGUUGAGGAGAAGAGUGAUGUCGAUGGCGAUGAUGAUGACGACAUUAUAGCACAAGCUCUUCGGAAGGCGGGCAUUCCAUCCUCAUCAUCGCUAAUGCCUACUCGCUCUCCUGCGGUUACCCCUGUGCAAUCAGUAUCAGUCUGCACAACUGCCAACUACAAAUCACCUCCCUCGUUCUACAAGCAUUCGACCGUCAACAUUAAAAUAAGCAAUGCCAACAUUCCUGCCGUUUCUGGGUCAAGCAUUAGAAUAAUGAACGUUCUAUCGUUUACUUCUCCUCCUCCUCCUCCUCCCAUCACUCAAUCUCCUCAACUUCCUCCACCUCCUCACAUACCUCCUCGUCUACCGCAUUCUCUUGCUACUCGAUAUCGAAAAAGAGGCAAUCCUGAGCAAAUUGCACAGCACUUCUCAAAGUAUAUGCGGUUUAGUGACGUCAAUCCCGAUACUGCCGCAUCUGUUGCUGUCGCUGCAGUCGAUACCGCCACUGCUACCGCGGCUGCCGAUGCAGAAGCAGCCUCGAAAGCAGCGAUGAAAGAUGGCGUAUGUUGGCUAUUUUGGUCAUCAAGACCUGAUACGGUAUCAAUGCUUGCUCAAGUCUACGAGACAGCUGAUUACUUCUCUGACCUACAAGCUGACUCAACGAUCUCAAGAGGUCAUGCUCAGUCCGCGAGACAGUUGGCGACAUAG